AUGACUGAAUUGUUAGUGAGUAAUCAAGAUAAAAAAAUAUUGACUCGCAUAUUAAGCAAAUAUCCCUACCAAUUUUAUGCUUACGGUUCGCGAGUAAAAGGCACUGCUCGCCAGUAUUCCGAUUUAGAUCUUUGUUUUCAGGAAGAAAUUCCCAGUUAUAUAUUAGUUGAAAUUGAAGAAGAAUUAGAAGAAUCUGAUUUACCUUUUACUGUGGAAUUAUGCUUAUCUCUUAUGACCCUCACCCAACCAGAACUACUCCAAGAAUUACAAAAACACUUAACGGCCGACGCCAAUAAAUGUCAUGGUUGUGGUGAUACUUUUCACACUUACAAGAAUUUUGACUACUGUGCAAAUUGUGCGGUCAAUAAUAGCCGCUAUAUCGCUCGAAAUAGCCCCUACAAGCAGCAAAAAUUAACUGGAUUAUUCUUACAUAAAGAUGUCGAUUACCGCACUUUAUUAGCCGAUAUGUCUAAUCAAUAUGGUGAGGAAAAUUUACCCGACCAAGAAUAUUUGGUUGAAGAAAUUGCCCUCGAAUAUUAUGAAACCGGAAAAAAGAAAAAAAUAUCUGCUUGUUGCAAAGAAUGUAAAACUAAGGCUCCCGCGUUAAGAGAACAACGCACUAAGGAAGUGCAGAAAUUGAUUGUCGCUUAUCAGCAAGUAGGAGAAUCCGUUAAAAGAUUAAUGAUUACUUGUUGUGAAAUAGCAAUUACUUUGGCUUUUACUAAUUUACUCUCCUUAGCCAUUUUUGCGGGCUAUACCAUUCACCUCAAAGACCGCACUUUGAAAUUGGAGCAGAAAAAUGGGAAGGAGCAAAAGCAGAUUGACGAUUUGAAACGAGAAGUAGAACAUAAUUUGGAUGAGUCAGAUUCAGAGUUGAAUAAUUUUAACCCGUCUUCAUCAAAAGUCUCCUGUCCAAGUCCACAAAUUGAACCAACUGCUACUCCUGAUAAUAUGACUAAGGAACAAUUGCGACAGGAGAUAAAAGAGAAAGUUAAGCCAGGAGUAAAACCCAGUCAACUCAAAAGAAGUAAAAGUGCCGAUAAUAUUACUUCCCCGACAAACAAACUGGAAACCCGAGUAAAGGAAUUAGAAAGUAAUUUAUCACUUCUCCAAAAGGAAAAUCAAGAGUUAAAAAAGGCCCAAGCAGAACCAGAAAUUUUUUACGAAGCCUCCGAAGAUAAUCCUGCUGAACUCAAAGCCAGAAUUAGUGAAUUAGAAGACCAAAUUUUAGAGUUGCGAAUUAGCAAACUCAAAGAUUUUAGCGAAUAUCAGGAGGCAAAGAAAAAAGUAAGUGCGGAAUUAGAAAGCAAUAUUGGUUAUGGAGUAAAGGAAAUUGAAAGAUUGGAAACCAAAUUACGCACGAUUAAUAAAAAACGCUUAGAACUCCAAGAACAAUUAGGACAGAGCCAGAGUGAAAAGGCCAGGUUAGAAAUAAAGUUGCUAAAUGCUGAGAAUAAGGACCGAGAACCAAUUGCUCCUACUUCUAAUUGUCUGUCGUCUCCUCCUUUAACACAUUCCCAAGGGACGCAAACUGACUUAUCUGAUAAGCAAAUUACUAAUCUUAUCCAGCAGUGA